UUUCAGCAAAAGAUUUUUGUUCUUCAAGAUUCGUUUCAGAAAGAGAAAAAAAGAAGAAAAUGGUCACAUUGUCGUCCUUGUGUAACAUUAAGAGGAGUGAACCCUAAACUUGCCGACCCACAGAGAAAAACAACCCUAGUUUCCAUGGGGACCUGCUGUAACAGUAGCACAGUUCUCAAGCUUUGUUUUUUGUGGCUACAACUAAUCUGUGUGCAAUGCCAUGGAAGGAUACUCAAGGAUGAUACCUCCUCAUCUGAUCAGUUUAAGAACAGAUUUCAAAGGAUUUUUCUGAGUAUACUUUUUGGUAUGUUUACAGGAUUGAUUUGUGCACUUGUUUUUGCUUGGCUUGUUCGGAGUUUUGUUCGUUACAUUAACAAAGCCCCAAUUCUCAAAGGCCCUGUUGUAUUCUCUCCUAAAAUUCCAUCCAAAACUCUGCAAUCAGCUCUUGCUAAUGAUACCCAGUUGAUAGGGUCAAGUAGUUCUGGAAAAUACUACAGAACUGUUCUCGAUAAUGGGCUUACUGUUGCAGUUAAGAGAAUGGAACCUGGUUCUCCACAGUUACAUACCAAGUCAUUUAAGAGAAGAAUACAACACGAACUUGAACUUAUUGCUAGUUUGAGGCAUAGGAAUUUGAUGAGUUUAAGGGCUUAUGUUCGUGAAUCGAAUACGUUCUUUCUGGUUUACGAUUAUGUAAACACUGGCAGUCUUGAAGAUGUAAUGAACAAAGUUAGGGAAAAUCAAUUGCAACUUACCUGGGAAGUCAGGCUCCGAAUUGCAGUUGGGAUUGUUAAGGCUCUUCAGUAUCUUCAUUUCUCUUGUAACCCCACUGUUUUGCAUCGGAAUUUGAAACCCACAAAUGUAAUGUUGGAUGCUGAGUUUGAGCCUAGGUUGGCUGAUUGUGGUUUGGCUAAAAUCAUUCCCACUUUAAAUCUCCCUGCUGCAUCAAACUAUGGUCCUCCAGAAUCUUACCAGAGUUGCAGCAGGUAUACCGAUAAAAGUGAUGUAUUUAGCUUUGGGGUUAUAUUGGGUGUUCUAUUAACUGGAAAGUACCCAACAGAUCCCUUCUUUGGGGAUACAUCUACUGGAGGAAGUUUAGCACGUUGGCUUCAACGUUUGCAGGAAGCAGGCGAUGCUCGAGAAGCAUUGGAUAAGAGUAUUCUAGGGGAAGAGGUUGAGGAAGAUGAGAUGUUAAUGGCAGUAAAAAUAGCAGUGGUAUGCUUAUCAGACAUGCCUGCUGAUCGACCUUCCAGUGAUGAGCUCGUUUCCAUGCUCACCCAAUUAAAUAGCUUCUGAUUAAUUACUUUGGUCGAGAGGGAAAGCAGUCAAGGAUUCAAUUAAUCACAAGAUCUUUAAGGUUGUUCUUUUGGCUUUCUAAGGUGAUAGUUUGCUGUGUGCUUUUGGUAGUUGAGCAAUGCCUUUUGGUUAUCACAAUGAGCACGAGUGUAGUUGGCUCAUUCAGGAAAUAUGACUGAGCGGAAGUACUUUUUACCUCUGGAAACAGAGCUGAAACUUGAGAAAGCACUUGAACAAUUAUUGGUAACAGCCUCAUUUUGCCAGGAUUGAUUGACCUUUGUAUGUAAAUUUGAGUAAUGUUGUUAAUUAAAUGAUGUUUGUUUUAGAAAGUAUUUGCUAACAGGAAGAGAAUAUGUAACAAAUGCACUGGCAGUACAGUAGUAGUUUGUGAACAUUGGAGACAUUUGCAUUGAUAUUGUUUUAACCUUUUCUUAAUGAUAGUGUGUUUUGUGGGGUUA